CUCUCUCUCUCUCUCUCUCUCUCUCUCUGAGGGACAGGUUGUGCAUGUCUCUGAACAUUGUUGUAGUUGCGGUUAGUUAAAACGGCGAUGUUGAUGGUCGCAUCGUAAACAUCGAAGCCCCAAACAAAAAGCAUAUAGAAAAACAAAUACCCCCAAUCUCUCCUUUUGGAUCCCUCUCAGAUUUCUCAGAAACUCUCUUCGAUCUGAUCGCCCACCUUUCCGCACUCCUUUUCCAUUUAAACAAACACACUACAAAGAAACACACAAGCCAGAGAAAACACUUCCCCAACGCCACUCUCUGUUUUCUGAUUUCUACUCUGUUUCCCGAAAUGGCGUCGUUUACGGUGCCGUGCCCUAAGACCUUUGCCCUCCUCCGCCUCGGAUCCACGGCUCGAGAUUCGGAUCGUCGCGGGUCCAGCCCGAGGCCGUCUGUGCUAUUCGGAUCUUCCCUCGGUGAGCCGAGGCAAUCCAGGGUUUGGAAGGUGUGUGCACAGCUUAAUCAGGUUACUGCUGAGAAAUCUUCAAAUUCGUCACCUGUACUUUCCACAAAGCCUGGAGUUGCAUCACCAGAAGCAAAAGAUGAGUCAGCAGAUCUAUACAGUACUUUGGAUGCAUCAUCAAUCUCAGAAUUCAUGUCUCAAGUGUCAGACCUUAUCAAACUCGUGGAUUCGAGAGAUAUUUCAGAGCUGCAAGUGAAGCAAUUGGACUGUGAGAUUUUAAUAAGAAAACAGGGAGCUUUGCCGCCGGCAGCACCUGUUGCUAGUAUGCCACCACAUCUAACCCAUGCAAUGCUUCCAUCUCCUCCACCACCAGCUCCUACUGCUUCUGCAAGCCCUCCUCCAGCACCGGUAUCCACCUCACCUGCCCCUGCAAAAGCAAGCACUUCAUCUCAUCCACCACUGAAAUGCCCCAUGGCUGGGACCUUCUAUCGCUGUCCUGGACCUGGUGAACCACCAUUUGUCAAGGUAGGAGAUAAAGUCCAGAAAGGUCAGGUCAUCUGCAUCAUUGAGGCCAUGAAACUGAUGAAUGAAAUUGAGGCUGAUCAGUCUGGAACAGUAGCAGAGAUUCUUUUAGAUGAUGGGAAGCCAGUUAGUAUAGACACGCCUCUUUUUGUGAUUGUACCGUGAGUUACUUGCAAGGGCCUCCUACAAACGUGUUGGAGAUAGUCGUUCUUUCGAGUAUAAGUUUCAUUUUCAGAAUUUAGUAAUGUCUCUAUUACUCUGUAACUUUAAUUUAAUAAUGGUCAUGUUUUAUUAAGGGUCUUCUCUUUUGACAUUAUAAUUAAUAUUUAUGAUUUACCAAAGGCAUAAAGCUCAAUGUAAGAGAUAGAACAUAGUAUUUGCCACACUUGUGGAAAGUUUGUUAUGCUGUUUGUCAUUA